AUGCCGCAGAUGGUUGCGCUCUACCUACUGGCUUAUCUAGACCGGAGCAAUUUAGGCAACGCGAAGUUGCAGGGUAUCGUCGAAGAUGUUCUAAACGGAAAUGAUGAUGAUUAUGGCUGGGCAGCGAGUGUAUUUUACUUUGGAUACGUCAUAUUUGCAAUUCCUUUUACACUCUACGGCAAGAAAUUCCGUCCGUCCAGAUUUAUGUUUGUGUGUACUCUAGGGUGGGGGAUUGCUGCAUCUGCAGCUGCUGGGGCCUUCGAUUUUCAUGGCCUUGCCGCCUCGAGGUUUUUAAUAGGGCUCUUUGAAGCGGGAUUUGCACCCGGGGCGGUUUUCUAUUUCACUCUUUGGUACACGCGGAGUGAAAUUGCAUUUCGUACCGCGAUUUUUAUCGGAAUGGCUGCUCUCUCCGGCGCAUUUGGUGGUCUCAUCGGCUACGGAAUCUCGCUGAUUAAUACCGGUAUCGGGCAUUGGCGUGUUCUUUUCAUGAUUGAGGGUUUGCCUACCGUGGUAUUUGCAUUCGUUAUCCUUUUCUUCUUGCCAGACCGACCAGAAACUUCGAAAUUUUUCAAAAAUGAAGAAGAACGAGCACUCGCUAUCGAGCGCAUGAACCGGGGGCAAGCAAGCGAAGGUCACAAUAUCCUAGUGAAGCGACAUGUGCUAGCAGCCUUUAUGGACUGGAAAGUACAUUCCUGUGCGCUGGUUAAAAUGGGGCAAGAUGCCGGCCUUGCAAUUGUCUCUACCUUUUUGCCCAAUAUCAUCAGGUCUCUUGGAUAUACUAACUCCCAAGCUCAAUAUAUGACAAUUGGCCCGUACCUCGUUGCCUGGAUUAUGAUGCUCGCCAUCAGUUGGUUUUCGGGCUCUCUAAGACUCCGCGGCCCCUUUCUUAUUGGCUCUACCGCACUUUCUAUUGUAGGCGUGUUCCUUAUAUUCUGCUAUUCCGGGAGAGAAAAUCCAAAAAUCGCACUGGCCGGUAUUUACUUAUUUGUUUCCGGUAUCUUUCCUUGUAUACCAUUGUCCUUGCAAUGGGCAACGGACAACUCUGGAGCGGAGUCGAAGAAGAUAGCCGCAGUUUGUAUCCUUGUUGUUGCGGGUCACUGCUGGAGCAUUCUUGCAAUCAAGAGCUUUCCAGCACACGAAGGACCGAGAUUUAUCCGCGGAUAUGUUAUUGCCAUUUCAUCUCUCUGCCUUAGUUGUCUCGUGUCUAUAAUCCUCUCAGUGUAUUAUAAGCUUGAAAACGCACACCGGGACCAGAAGCAUGGCAACCCGUGUCCAAAUAUGCCAGUCGACACAACCGAAAAUGCCGACAAAGCUCCUAUGUUUCGAUAUAUUUGCUAA